UGAAGAAGAUGGGAGAGGACCUUAAAAAGCUGUGAGAGGAUGCAGCCAAGUGGAAAGAAGAGAGCAGUAAGGAGAUCUCUCAGCAUAUUGAGGCUUUGCGGCAGGAGACAAAACGUGAUCUGCAGAAGAUGGGAGAGCAGCAGGAGAUGAGGAAUGCCAUGCUGGAGCAGCUGGUGACAGAGACAGCCAACAAAGUGAACGAGCAGCUUGGCAGUACAGGAGAGACAACUGUGGGCCUACUGGAGGAGCUGGAAGGUGAGAAUGGAGACUGCUCCAGUUGCACCUUCAACAUCAGAGCGCAUUUGGGGAAGCUCCUCCAGCGCUGUGAGAAACUCCAGGAGAAGGUGGAAUGCCUGGAGUCCCGGCAGAUGGCCAUGGGAAAGCUCAAGAAAAUGAUGAGGAAUUGGGGCCAGCUGGAGCAUGACCAUGAGCGGCUGCGCUACAUGGAGGCUACAGUUGUACGGAUGAAAGGAGACUGCGAGAAGCUCAGCUUUGUUUCUGGGACCCUGCAGAAAGACUCCGAACAAAAGCAGAAAGCAAUCGAGAUGCUGUUCCAGUCUCUGGAGAAGCUGCAGAAGGAGAAAACAGAUGAGCAGGAUGUUUUGGCAGCAAUAGAUGUGAAGGCGGACAAAGCUGCCUUGGGCAGCAAAGUCAAUUGCAGCCAAUUUGAAGCAAAUAUGGACCGUCUGGAUGAGAGGAUGCAGGAGUUGCAGAGCCGGAUUUCAGACCAGGAGCAGCACUUCAACACUAUGCAGCAGCAGCUCAACCUUGUGGUGGAAGAGAAGCUGGAUCGCCUGGAGCUGAAGACUUUCAGCUCCCAUAUGGAGGACUCCUGGAAGAGGAACAUGGAGGAACUUGCCCUAUCUGGCCCACCUCUCUGUCCCAAGGAGGCCGGUGGCCCAUGGCAGUGUCCCCGGUGUGCCACCGAGCUCUGGGGACCAUCAGAGCAGCAGUUUCAAACUGCCACCCACUCAGGGCUCUUUACGGAACAAGGCAUUUCUGCAGGGACUCGUGACCCUCCCCAACAAGCCCAGAGUGACCCAGCUGCUGGGCAGGGGUGGACACAUCCUGAGGGGCAGGAAUGACCAGCUUCCUGUGCUGAUCAGGACACUGGAUGAGCCAGGCCCUGCCACCUCACGGGAUCACCGGCCAGGCACUGCCCCCCGACAUGUCUCCAGGACACCGGAGCUCCUCCAGCCACUCCAGCCCCGUGAGACUUCAACAGCGCUCAAGUAGCCAGGCAGGACUGGGAACCCAGUGCUCCACCAGGGACAUCUUCUCAGCAGACAGAAAAGGCUGUGACAAUUGUUGUCAGAGAAAUAAUUUUUCAUUUUAUUCAGUUAAUAAAAAAACCUUCAGAAAGACAGGCGGAGCCUUCUCCCACGGUCACUGAAAACACGGGGAUAAAUCAAACUGUCUUACACUGUUUUUACUAUUAGCAAUCAGGCAUCACUUCAUUCCCAGCACCGGGAUGCAUGGAAAUGGCUCCACUCAGCAUGCACACCCACUUUCUAAACUUUUCACUAUGUAUUUUAAGCAAAGCAAUUAAUGCUCAUUGCCUAUAAAUUACAUAUUUCUC